AUGUGUGAGAACUUCUACAAAUACUCAAAACCCAAGAAGAUUCGAGUGUGUGUUGGAACCUGGAACGUGAAUGGUGGGAAGCAGUUCCGCAGCAUAGCAUUUAAGAACCAGACGCUCACGGACUGGCUUCUUGAUGCUCCCAAGUUAGCUGGCAUCCAGGAGUUUCAAGGAUACUUGGGUAGCACAACAAACCAGAAGCUGUGGGCAGUGGAGCUGCAGAAGACCAUCUCCAGAGACAACAAGUACGUCCUGCUGGCUUCGGAGCAGCUGGUGGGUGUCUGCCUAUUUGUUUUUAUCAGACCACAGCAUGCUCCUUUUAUCAGGGACGUUGCGGUGGAUACAGUGAAGACGGGAAUGGGAGGCGCAACUGGAAAUAAGGGAGCAGUUGCGAUCCGCAUGCUCUUCCACACCACCAGCCUGUGCUUCGUCUGCAGCCACUUUGCUGCAGGGCAGUCUCAAGUCAAAGAGAGAAAUGAAGAUUUUGUAGAAAUAGCACGGAAAUUGAGUUUUCCCAUGGGAAGGAUGCUGUUUUCCCAUGACUAUGUAUUUUGGUGUGGUGAUUUCAACUAUCGAAUUGAUCUUCCUAAUGAAGAAGUUAAAGAGCUCAUAAGACAGCAAAAUUGGGAUUCUCUUAUAGCUGGGGAUCAACUCAUCAAUCAGAAAAAUGCGGGGCAGAUUUUCAGAGGAUUUUUAGAGGGAAAGGUGACAUUUGCUCCAACCUAUAAAUAUGACUUGUUUUCUGAAGACUAUGACACCAGUGAGAAGUGCCGCACGCCUGCGUGGACAGACCGAGUCCUCUGGAGGAGGAGAAAGUGGCCUUUUGACAGAUCAGCUGAAGACUUGGAUCUUCUGAAUGCUAGUUUCCAAGAUGAAAGCAAAAUCCUUUACACGUGGACCCCUGGCACUUUGCUGCACUACGGGAGAGCCGAGCUGAAGACUUCUGACCAUAGGCCUGUCGUCGCCCUGAUUGAUAUAGAUAUAUUUGAAGUUGAAGCUGAAGAGAGACAAAAAAUUUAUAAAGAAGUCAUUGCUGUCCAGGGGCCACCAGAUGGCACAGUGCUGGUCUCGAUAAAAAGUUCUGCACAAGAAAACACUUUUUUUGAUGAUGCUUUGAUUGACGAGCUUCUGCAGCAGUUUGCACAUUUUGGUGAAGUCAUACUCAUUAGAUUCGUAGAAGAUAAAAUGUGGGUAACAUUUUUGGAGGGAAGCUCUGCCUUGAAUGUUCUGAGCCUGAAUGGUAAAGAGUUAUUAAAUCGGACUAUAACAAUUACCUUAAAAAGUCCAGACUGGAUCAAGAAUUUGGAAGAAGAGAUGAGUUUGGAGAAAAUCAGUGUCACAUUGCCCUCAUCAACGAGCUCCACCCUGCUCGGUGAGGAUGCAGAGCUCACAGCCGAUUUCGACAUGGAAGGUGAUGUCGAUGACUAUAGUGCUGAAGUAGAGGAGCUUCUCCCUCAGCAUCUACAGCCGUCCUCAAGUUCUGGCCUUGGCACUUCUCCAAGCUCUUCACCCCGGACCAGUCCCUGCCAAUCACCUACAAUGCCAGAGUACUCUGCACCAUCUCUUCCCGUCAGACCCAGCCGAGCACCCUCAAGAACUUCAGGGCCCCUGAGUUCCCAGAGUUCUCCAGUUGACACUCAGCCAGCAGCCCAGAAAGAUUCUUCCCAGACCUUAGAGCCCAAGAGGCCACCCCCUCCCCGCCCAGUUGCUCCUCCAGCACGCCCUGCCCCACCACAGAGACCACCUCCACCUUCAGGGGCUAGGAGUCCUGCACCUGCUAGGAAAGAAUUUGGAGGUGUUGGAGCCCCUCCCAGUCCUGGGGUAGCUAGGAGAGAGAUGGAAGCACCCAAAAGCCCGGGAACAACACGGAAAGAUAAUAUAGGACGUAAUCAGCCUUCACCUCAAGCAGGACUUGCAGGCCCAGGACCUGCUGGAUAUGCUGCAGCCAGACCGGCAAUUCCAGCACGUGCUGGAGUGAUCAGCGCCCCUCAGAGCCAGGCACGAGCAUCUGCCGGAAGGCUGACUCCUGAAAGCCAGAGCAAGCCCCCAGAGACAUCGAAAGGUCCAGCAGUCCUUCCAGAACCACUGAAGCCUCAGGCUGCUUUUCCUCCGCAGCCUUCUCUGCCCCCACCUGCUCAAAAGUUACAGGAGCCUCUUGUCCCCAUGGCAGCACCUAUGCCUCCCCCUGGCCCCCAACCGAAUUUGGAAACCCCACCACAGCCCCCACCUCGGAGCAGAUCAUCUCAUAGCUUGCCUGCAGACUCCUCACCACAGCUGCAACAGGAGCAACCGUCAGGGUAACAGGUAAAAACAAAUGGAGUUUCUGGUGUCAAACAAGAGCCAGCGUUGAAGAGUGACCCAUUUGAAGCUCUCUCACUUAGUCUGCUUGCUGUAUCAAAGGCUCAGCUGUCUGCUCAGAUGUCACCUGUUCUAACCCCAGACCCAAAGAUGUUGAUUCAGUUGCCUUCUGCAUCGCAAAGUAGUGUUAACUCUUUGAGUUCUGUGAGUUGCAUGCCAGCCAUGCCCCCAGUUCCAGCUCGGAGUAAGUUGCAGGGAAGUAUGGGAACCUCAGCAAAUCCCUUUUCCAGCCUGCCCAGCAGGAAUCCUUUUACAGACAGGACUGCUGCCCCUGGAAACCCAUUUCGAGCUCAGUCACAAGAGUCAGAGGCAACUUCUUGGCUGUUCAAAGAAGAGCCUGUUCCUAGCAGUCCUUUCCCUCCUCUCCUGCCUCUCACUCAUGACACGAGCAAGCCAUCCAGUUCACUUGAUGGUUUCGAGGACAACUUUGAUCUGCAGAGCCAGUCUACAGUAAAAACAAGCAACCCCAAAGGAUGGGUAACCUUUGAGGAAGACGACGACUUUCCCACAGCGGGAACGUCCAAGUCAGUUUGUCCAGCGCUGCUGGGUACCACGCCAGCUUCAUCUGAUGACUGGAGUAAAGGUGCAGGUGUUGCUUUCUGUAUGCUGCCAGCCAGAAGGCCACCACCUCCUCCUGCCCCUCUGCUCCCACCCAGCACGAGCUUGCCUGCAGGACCUUGCACAACGCUAGCAUCUAAGGCCUCUCCCACACUGGACUUCACAGAAAGAUAGUUACAUGAUGGGAAGGGAGUUCCUGCUGGUUUGCUCUGGCUAUUUGUUUCUGUUUUGUCGGGCUAGACUCGGGAGAACGGGGCAUUAGUUAUUCAUUAUGUGCAAUAAGUAAUUGUUACGCGCACUGAUAUCUAUAUAAAGACCACCAGGGGUGUGGUCAACGCUGGAGUUCAUGUAUAUUGGAAAUAACUAAGACAUCCUGUUACUAACUGGAGUUCUGGUCUUUCUCUUCAGAUGAAUAAGGAAGAGCAGGAACCAUUUUAAGAAGUGCUCAAAACUACUUUAAAAACUAGUCCUUACUCAGAAAUUCACAUACAACACCACACAAAGCCAACACAGCUGUAGCUGACACUCUGCCAGCCUACUGCUGUUUGACAAUUGGUACUCACGGAUAUCUACCAAAGAGCUUCCAGAGUUACAGUUAAACCGUUCUGAGGGCAUUGCUUUAGCAAGAGGUCUAUAUGCAUGUGUUUAUAUACACACAGACAUACAUAUUUAUAAAACUUAAGUCUUGAGAUACAAUUCAGAUACAGUUUUACCCAGCAGUUCUGACAAUGAUCUGGACGGGAUCUCAUCAUUAAGAAGAUGGCUACCGUCCAGGUGUGCUUUAGAUGCUUUCGCUAGUUUUCAAGCCCAGAGUAGGAUGACUGCUUUACAGAACUGCCAUCUCCUACUAUACACCAGCCCUCCAAACUCACCCUCAUUACCUCCCUCCCUGUACCUCUAGUAUGCCUUUCUCUGGGGUUACAGUUGGCAGUCCAGGCCUUGUGGUCAGUCACGUGACAGACACUCAGACCAGCAGGGACAGAAUAGCAGAGCUAGCAUGCUCUCUUCUGUGUGACCCUGUCCCUCUCCACCCCUGUUCACCGCUUUGCUCUGAGUGCUCUGAACUGGGAACAUAUCCCAGGCGUGUGCCCUCCUGUGUGAGGCCGUAACCCAUCUGUGAUGCUGCUUUAAGGUUUUAGAGGCUAUACCUCAAAUUUGCUGUGGAUUCUGUCUCCUGCACUGCCAGUAUGCGACCCAUCUUGCUCUUAUUAAUUUUGUGAAGAAGUACAUGGAAUUUUUACAAAAAAAAAACAACAUUGUAUUUUGAUAUUGUUAAGUAAGCCAGUUGGGAAAACUCCCUAAGGUGUUGUUUGGUUGGUUGUCAGUUGAAGUUAAAAUUAUCCUUACACAUUAAGACUUUAAUGUUCUUUUUAUAUAAAAAUUACAUAUAUACACCUAAGUUCCAGUGUCCACAUGAACCUUUAAAGAUGUGUAUUGUGAGACUAGAACCAUGUAUAGCUGCCGUCACAUCCUUGUAAAAGCACAGCAGACUGUGUUGCACUUGUAAUGUAGAGCCAUCUGUUAGGACAGAGCACUUUGCAAAUGCUCAGUGUUAUCAAAUACUGUAUCUAUAGUGUCCUCGGCUACAGCCAGAAGGGGCUGGAGCAAUAACUCCGUGAGGUUUCCAUUGUGCUUGUGGGUUCUAAUCAUUUCAACAGUAGUAGCUCUUAAACCGCAGUAUUACCAUAGCAGUGUGCUUCAAAAUGUGAAUUAGCUUGUUCCAUCUGUGUGACUAGUGUGUAUGGUAUCCGCCCCCCAUUAGCAAGCUAACCCAUCGUUAGGAAGCUGACGCCGUGCGACUGCAGCCCUAAGCAGUGUGCCUCAGGGUAAACCACUGUCAAGUCUAUAGAGCAGCCGCUCAGCCUUGUCUGGCCUGGCACACUGUGGAAACGCACAAAGGAAGUGAAAGUUUGCUACAAAAAACUAGAUAUUGUGUAUGAAUAUUUACCAGUUCUGGUUAAAGCAGAGCAGAAAAUAGACACUAAGAAUCUGUGAAUGUCUGUUCUCUAUAGUAGACUGAUGUUUAUAUGUAUGUAAGAGUUUUAUUGCUUAUGUGGCAUACAAUAUUUAUAACUAUACUUUAUAGAAGUACAGUAUUAAAGUCCGUGGUAUACAUUCUGUACAUAUCCUGUGAAACGUGCUGUCAUAUGAAAUAAAUAUGUCUUUACCG